AUGAAGUUUUAUGGGACUUACUUGUUUGUCUUAUUCAGUCUUCUCCUACUAUCCUCCUAUGUUAAUGGCGACCAUGUUUUUUCCGAUAGUUCAGCAAAUUAUGAUGAUGUCUUAAGGCUUGUGCCUUCAGGCCCGAAUCCCCGAGAGUCUCCACCGUUGGAUGUCUUCAGGCGUGUGCCUACGGGUCCCAACCCUCGGCAGUCACCACCGGUGCAAGAUUUCGAGCAUGGGGCCUUUGAUAGUUCAUCCAACCAUGAUGAUGUCUUAAGGCUUGUCCCCAAAGGUCCGAAUCCUCAACAGCCACCACCACUGAAUGUCUUAACGCGUGUCCCGCCUUCAGGCCCGAAUCCUCGAGAGUCUCCACCGUCAGAUGUCUUCAGGCUUGUGCCUACGGGUCCCAACCCUCGGCAGUCACCACCGGUGCAAGAUUUCGAGCAUGGGGCCUUUGAUAGUUCAUCCAACCAUGAUGAUGUCUUAAGGCUUGUCCCCAAAGGUCCGAAUCCUCAGCAGCCUCCACCACUGAAUGUCUUAACGCGUGUGCCGCCUUCAGGCCCGAAUCCUCGAGAGUCUCCACCGUCGGAUGUCUUCAGGCUUGUGCCUACGGGUCCCAACCCUCGGCAGUCACCACCGGUGCAAGAUUUCGAGCAUGGGGCCUUUGAUAGUUCAUCCAACCAUGAUGAUGUCUUAAGGCUUGUCCCCAAAGGUCCGAAUCCUCAGCAGCCUCCACCACUGAAUGUCUUAACGCGUGUGCCGCCUUCAGGCCCGAAUCCUCGAGAGUCUCCUCCGUUGGAUGUCUUCAGGCUUGUGCCUACGGGUCCUAACCCUCGGCAGUCACCACCGGUGAAAGAUUUCGAGCAUGGGGCCUUUGAUAGUUCAUCCAACCAUGGUGAUGUCUUAAGGCUUGUCCCCAAAGGUCCGAAUCCUCAACAGCCUCCAUCAGGUAAUGUCUUCACGCGUGUGCUGCCUUCAGGCCAGAAUCCUCGAGAGUCUCCACCGUUGGAUGUCUUCAGGCUUGUACCUACGGGUCCCAACCCUCGGCAGUCACCACCGGUGCAAGAUUUCGAGCAUGGGGCCUUUGAUAGUUCAUCCAACCAUGAUGAUCUCUUAAGGCUUGUCCCCAAAGGUCCGAAUCCUCAGCAGCCUCCACCGCUGAAAGAUUUCGAGUAUAAGACAUCAAAUAGUUUUUACAAUUUAGCUGAUAUUUCAAGGCGUGUACCUAAGGGACCUAAUCCUCGAGAGUCUCCACCAUUUAGUCCGUAA